AUACAGGUGAUGAGUUUAGUCGUUGUUCAAACUUACAAAUUAAGAUGAGACCAGAAACUGGUGAUAAACUCAACACAUGUGAUAUAUGUGGUAAAGGGUAUGCUCAUACUUCAACCUUAGGGAGACACAUAAGAACACACACUGGUGAUAAACCUUAUAGAUGUAAUGUAUGCGGUAAAAGAUUUUCUGACUGUUCAAACUUAAACAGCCACACAAGAACACACACAGGUGAUAAACCGUAUAAAUGUAAUAUGUGUAGUAAAGCUUUUGCUCAAAGUUCAACCUUAUGGAGACACACAAGAACGCACACUGGUGAUAAUUCGUAUAAAUGUGAUGUAUGCGGUAAAAAGUUUACUCAGAGUAAUGAUAUGAAGAGACAUAUGAGAAUACACACUGGUGAUAAACCGAGUAAAUGUGAUAUAUGUGGUAAAGGGUUUGCUCAAAGUUCAACAUUGCAGAGACACAUGAGUACACACACUGUUGAUCAAUCUGAUAUAGACGAUGAGUUAAGUCACAGUUCAAACUUACAAAUUAAGAUGAGAACACAUACUGGUGAUAAACCUAAUACAUGUGAUAUAUGUGGUAAAGGAUUUACUGAUAGUUCAAUAUUAAAGAGUCACACAAGAACACUUACUGAUGAUAAACCUUCUAUAGGUUAUGAGUUAAGUCAUAGUUCAAACUUACAAAAAUUACCAAAGAUGAAAUCACAUACUGGUGAUAAACCCAAUACAUGUGAUAUAUGUGGUAAAUGGUUUGCUCAUACUUCAACCUUAAGGAUACACAUGAGAAAACACACUGGUGAUAAACCUUAUAAAUGUGAUGUAUGCUGUAAAAGUUUCGCUCAGAGUUCAAAUUUAAAAACACACAUAAGAACACACACUGGUUAUAAACCGUAUGAAUGUGAUGUGUGUGGAAAAGGGUUUGGUGUUUCUUCAAACUUGCACAUGCAUAUGAGAACGCAUACUGGUUACAAACCUUAUAAAUGUUAUAUAUGUGGUAAAAGAUGUAAUUAGAGUAAUGCUAUGCAGAAACACAUGAGAACACACAAGGGUGAUAAACCUUAUGAAUGUGAUAUAUGCGGUAAAGGGCUUGGUGAUAAUUCAACAUUGCAGAAACACAUGAGAAUACAUACUGGUAAUAAACCUUAUAAAUGUGAUGUGUGUAGUAGAGAGUUUGGUGAUCGUUCAAGCUGACAGAGACAUGUGAGAAGACACAUUUGUGAUAAUUAAUCCUAAUAAAUGUGAUAAGUGUUGUAAAGGGUUUAUUUAAACAAACU